AUGAAUAACUUUUGUGAUCCUUCUUCCUAUUUUUCAAUAAUUUAUGGCUCUUUUCUAGUCGCCUUAAAAAGGCUUUCUGACGAACAAAUGAAUCAAAUAGAAAAUUCAUUUUCAAAAAUUUCAAUAACAAAACGACAAAGAAUUGGGAUUUUGGAUACAAUUGGACGUUUUGGCUCCUUGGCAAAAUCUUCAAUAAAAAUUUUUGCGGAAUCUGAAAGGAAAGUUGAUUUGGAUAAAUGGCUAGAAAAAUUAACUAUAGCAAUAAUUAUUGGGAUUGAUAAUGCCGCUGAAUCGCCAAAUUCAAAAUGCCCAGCUGCUGUUGUUAGAAUGGAAAAUUUUCAUGCUUUUUAUUCAAUACUUUCGGAAUUAAAAAUUCCUUGUUUGGAUGCUCGUCGAAAAGAAGUUAGACAAAAAUAUCAAGAAAAUGUUACAAUUUAUGUUAGAGAAAUGCUGGGAAGACCUUUAGAAAAAAUUCAUAAUUUCUUUGAAAGAAUUGAACGUUUAAUGGAAAAUGGAAUAUCUCCACAAGAAAUUAGUUAUGAACAACAAUUUUCUAGAAUAGAAUUAAAACGAGUAACAACAGCUUAUCCAGCAAAAGAAGUUAAAAAAGGAUUGGAAAAUUUAUAUAAAAAAAUUGAGAAACAUUUGAGUAGUAAUGAUUCCUCUUUAUUGCAAGUUGUUUGGAGACAAAUGCAAGAAGAAUUUCUUAAUCAAGUUAAACAUUAUCAACAAUUAAUCUCUAAAUGCUACUUAGGCUCAAAAAUUGAACUUGAAGUUGGAAUUGAGGAUAUAUUACAAUUUUUUAGUGAAAUUGCUCAGAAACAUUAA